AUGUCUCAUACAAACAAGCGACCGCGCUCCGAGACGUCUUCAUCCGCAGACAACUCUGCCCUCCUCUAUCUGACCAACAAGCUGGCUCAGAUGGGUCAAGAUAUGUUUCUGAAUCCAAAUGGCGAUGUUCAGAACUUUGAAGAUCCGGGCGGCUUGGGGCUUGACGAUGAUGGUGCAGACCUUGCAACCGUAAUGGGUGAAAGUACCGAAGUCAGAACCAUGGCCAGCGCGCGCCCUCAGACCCCACAGCUCCCAGAUCUGGAGAAUGACCCCAGAUUGACUGCCUCAGCAAAGGGCAGAGAUAACACUCCUGUUCAACUUCUGCAUGUUCAGGCCCCACCUCAGCACUGCGAUGGUGUACAAGAGAGGGUAUAUGAAGAGGAUUAUGCCUUUCCAGGGGAUCUUCCUCAGCCAGCCUUUGAACGUGUCGAUUUCCGUGCAGAGCCUCAAAUGCUUGAUGUUGACACAAUGUACCCUAAAUGUACCAAGGGUAUCAGGGAGCUCUUGCAGAUGGUCGCUUCAUCCUAUCCACCAGCAGAUACUGAGGAUGCCAAGCGUGCCAAGCACCAGCUGGUCACUCCUUACUCCUUUUACCGUGGGCUGUUUCGCCCCUUGCUCUUGUCAUACGUCUAUCGCCAGCGAAAUGGUGUAGAGUCAGCCCAACAAUUUCAGCACUCUACUCUGUUUGAUUAUAGUGGGCCUAAAAUACAGAAGGGCAUGACUCAGGGCUGGGAUUGCAUAGGCUUGUAUGAUGAGCUAGAGAAGGAGCAUAGCGCCAUAUUGAAGGCACAACUCCAAGACGCUUUCUUCAACCUUGUGGCCCUCAAAUCUGGCAAGAAGACUAGUGCAAAGUACAACCUGCUCAAAGGAGUUCCUGCCCACCUGGUUGCAGAUGUUGCCUUUGCCAAAGAGCAGCACAAACAAAUCAAGCUACAUCGCUUGCUUGGUCAGUGGGCCUACGAAAAUGCUAUUUGGGUGCCUUGUAACAGGGUACCUGCUGAUGAUUUGAAGGCCAUGGAGAAGAAGUUUGUCAUUGAGUCUGAAGACAUCCUCCAGACAGCCUUGGAGAAUGGAGCUGUGAAGAGGGAUGAGGCUAUUGUCCCAGACCACAGUUGGACCAGAGUCAAAAAGCCAAGUCCUGAUGCAGGGGUGGUCUCUCUCAUCUUCUAUGAUUCUGGAGCCCAGCAGAGGGGGAAAGUCUGUGAAGAGGACAUUUUUGGAGGAUGCAUUUACAACUCCAAGGAAUUCUCUCAGAUAGCAUCUGAGAUUAGCCAAGAUGCUGUUGAGAUCGAGGCUGAAUCCAUACUGGCGUUCAUAAGAGCGCGAGAAGCUCUUCGCCGCAGCUUCAAGUCUGUAGGAACCAUGGUGAAGAGUGGGAUGGGGCUUCACUCCACAAACAGUGUUUUGCAUACGCCUCUCCUACCUGUACCACAGACAAGCAGCGCCAAUCCUAAGGAGGCAACAAAAACAAGAAUUGCUGAGCAGACAGCGCUGCGCGUCAGCAUUCAGCAAAACAAAGACAUCAUACAAUGCUACAACUACGCAAUUUUAGAAGGGUUUAUGCCUCAUUGGGCAAGAGCACAGAUGGUGGUUGCAGAGUCUGCGCAGCUUCUCAAUACCUACGGGUAUCCUAACACCGCAGCCUUCGCAUCAUUCGCCUACGGUGCCCCAAGCCAUAGAGACAAUGAUGAUUCCGUCACUAUGGGCUGGAUCUCUGCGCGCUCAGACCUGAUCAAAGAUGACGAGAGCAAUUUCUUCUAUGCUGACUACAAACUCAUACUCCAGAUGGCAGCAGACACCCACUGGAUGUGGGAUGCCCCGCAGACUUACCAUGGCACAUCACUUGGCCGCCUUUGUUGUGCCAACCCCAAGUCUUGGAAAACCUUUGCAAAGAAGCAUGCAGCUGCUGGGCAGUGGUCGCGGGCGAACGUCAUUACACACACGCAGGUUACAAGUAGGGGAGGUGAAGGGUAUGCUGCAUAUUAA